UGGAAAGUCAACAGUAGUGGUGUUAUGAAUUAAAUGAAGUAUUUUAUCAAAACAGAUUGAUUUAACUCUUUUAAACAUGUUGGUCACUGUAAAACACGAUUUGCUAUUUAAGUAGUUUAUGAAACCCAACAAGAAAUACGACUGGAUACGGUUUUAAAGUGUUUGAGCUAAAGUCUUUACUUCCUUUGACUGGUCUGAGUCUUCAGUCAGUAUGAGUCGCCAGUGCAAGAACUGUGGUGGAGCAGACAUCGACACAGAUCCAGCCCGGGGGAGCGCAGUCUGCACAGCCUGUGGUUCGGUUCUGGAGGAUAACAUCAUUGUGUCUGAGGUUCAGUUUGUGGAAAACAGCGGAGGAGUGUCUUCAGCCGUCGGCCAGUUUGUGUCUGCAGAUGGUACUUCCAAAGCUCCAGUCUUGGGCAGUGGCUUCCACACCAGCCUGGGAAAAGAAUCACGAGCUCAGACACUCCAGAAUGGGAAACGGCAGAUCCACAACCUCGGCAGUCAACUUCAGCUCAACCAGCACUGCCUGGACACGGCCUUUAAUUUCUUCAAGAUGGUGGUGAGCAAGCACUUGACGCGAGGGCGAAAGAUGACACACGUGAUUGCCGCCUGCCUCUACCUGGUGUGCAGGACAGAAGGAACGCCACACAUGCUCCUGGACCUGAGUGAUCUUUUACAGGUUAAUGUUUACAUUCUGGGCAAGACCUUCCUCCUGUUGGCUAGAGAGCUCUGCAUCAAUGCUCCGGCUGUCGAUCCAUGUCUGUACAUUCCACGAUUCGCCCACAUGUUGGAGUUUGGUGAAAAGACCCAUGAGGUUUCGAUGACUGCUCUCAGACUGCUGCAGAGGAUGAAAAGAGAUUGGAUGCACACAGGACGGCGACCAUCAGGAUUGUGUGGUGCAGCUCUGCUCGUGGCGGCUCGCAUGCAUGAAUUCCGGCGCACGGUGAAGGAGGUCAUAUCUGUUGUAAAGGUGUGCGAGGCUACACUGAGAAAAAGACUGACAGAGUUUGAGGAGACACCCACCAGUUCCCUGACUAUUGAUGAGUUCAUGCGAGUAGACCUUGAAAAAGAAUGUGAUCCUCCGUCUUUUGUUGCAGGCCAGAAAAAAGUCAAGAUGCAGCAGCUGGAGCAGGAGUUGGUCAAGAAACUUGAGGAGUAUCAAGGUGAGAUCGACUCAUACCGCGAUGAGAUUGAGACACAGUUGGCAGGGAGCAGCAGAACCAAAUUGAGAGGGAUUUAUGCCUCCUACGCAAGAGAAGAUGAUGACUCUGUGUCUUUGGCUUCUGGAUUGACUGGAGAUGAAGAUGCAGAGGAUGAGGAAAUGGAGGCAGCAGCUCAACAUCUCAACCAAGAGUUCAUCAGUCAGGUGCUCGACCGAACAGACCAGGGAGGAAAGAAGGAUCCGGAUGGAAGAAAGAACACAGACUCACUUCCUAAUCAGUCCAAACAUGUGCCCCUGACUGCCCUCCUCGGCCCUCUGCCCAGUGCUGCCAGCCUUGGUUUAACAGACUCCAUUAGACAAUGCAUCACAGAGACGACAAACGUGGAAGAAAAAUCUGACAGUGGGGAACUAGAUUUGGAUGGGAUUGAUGAAGAUGAAAUUGAAAAGUACAUUUUGAACGAGAUCGAGGUGGAGGCGAAGACAGAGCUGUGGAUGAAACAGAAUGAGGAGUAUUUGAGGGAACAGAAAGAAAAAGAAGAGAGAAUUGCUAAAGAGAAGGAACAGGGGACCUAUAAGGAGAAGCCAAAGAAGCCGUCCAAGAAGCGAGAACCAAUCCUGGCCAGCACUGCGGGAGAGGCUAUAGAGAAGAUGCUGGAGCAAAAAAAGAUCUCCAGUAAGAUCAAUUAUGAUGUAUUGCGGGACCUCAACAGCAAGGGCAGCGCCAGCAGCAGCACCCAACAAGCUGAGGAUGUGCCCGCCAGUGGCUCUGGACGCAAGAGGUUGACCCGCCGCAAGAAGCAGCCAAACAAGAGCAAUCUCGGCCUUGCGAAACCUGCAAGCCUCAUGGGCAAGAGGCUACGGCCCUUAAUAUCAUCAGUUCCAAAGAAGAAGAGGACAGCAGCUGCACUGGUCAGUCCCAGCAUGACCAUGAUGUUGCCUCCUGCGGCCCCAGAGCCCCCUCCGGCCCCCACCCCUCCCCCUGUGCUGGAAAGCGGGCCUGUGGCUUAUGAUGAACCAGCCGAGGAAGAGGAGGAGAUCGAGGAAGAGGCGGAGGAGUCUUGUGUUAGCGCCAUGGAGCUGAUCGGUGGAAAUGAAUACGGGUGUGAAGCUGAAGAAGAGGAGGUUUUCUAGAUUGAAACUCAUCCUCCUUUUCCAUUACCUCGUAUAGUGAGAAGAAGAGCCACCAAUUUCAGCAUUUGAGACACCAACAAUAUUUUGAAGGUUUAUGAAAGGUCACUGUCCCUCUCUGUGCAUCAUAUAUGACUGGUUAUAGGACUGCAGCUUCUGUGUGAUAAGAAGGUGCUGGCAGCUUUAGACUUAAGUGCAUAAAACCAUUUUAGAAUUUUGCCAUUGUUCCACUAGAAACUCAAGACACAGGAAGCUCUGAAGUAGAUCUCUGGCAGAGAGGAUUUGAACGUGCUGUACUGUAGAUACUUUCUGAAAGGUGAGGAUAUUGAUAUUCUUAGCCUGCUAUGCAUUUUAAAUGCAGUGGGCUAGUGAUUUGGGAUUUGUUGAAUGUUCACACUUGUACAUUGUAAAUAGAUUGUAGGAAACUGUAGUGUUUGACUUUUUAUUUAUUUUUUUACUUGUUUUAUGCUCUAUACGCCUGUAUAUAUGUAUAUAUAACAGUAUUUAGUUAGCUGUUUAACAAUAUUUUGUAAUUCCGUGAAAAAGUGAACGUUUCAUUGUGUUGGGUUAUGAUAAAUAUUAAGGUGUAAUGUUUUUGUCUGUUUUAAUUGAAUAUUAAUAUCAGAUGUAGAUUUCAGAGUAGUUUUAGAUACUAGUGAGUAGUAAAUUAUAAUGAAUGUAAAUAAAUUUAUGUUUGUUUUUUAA